AUGUCCAUCAACGUCAAGUCUACGAUCAUCUCUGCCGUCUACAAGAAGUCGCUUCGCCUCUCGCCCGAGUCGCAGCAGAAGUUCGGCAAGGGGUACACGAUGAACCUUUUGAACGUCGACUCUGAGUCGAUGAUGAAGAUGAUCGAUGUUGUUCACCAGAUCUGGUCGAUUCCCUUCCAGCUCAUCGCUGUUACUGUUCUGCUCUCGCGCCUUUUGGGUGUUUCCGAGUGGGCGGGUAUCGGUGUUCUCUUCCUCGCGCUUUUCCUCCUCAUCAUGGUCGUCCCCAUCUUCAUGCGCCGCGCCGCGCCCGGUUUCAUGCGUCUCGGUGACGUUCGUCUCCGUACCAUCCGCGAAGUUCUCGACGGCAUGCGUAUCAUCAAGAUCAAUGGUCUUGAGGAGCACUUCCUCGAGAAGCUCCAGGGCAUUCGUACCGAGCAGCUCAAGUACUUGCGCAUGUUCAACACCGGUGUCGCUUGCUUCGUCAUCGUCGGCUCUAUCACCAACACUGUCAUGCCUCUCGCUGCGUUCUCGCUCUUCGGCGCUGUGCACAUGGGCCAGGUCCAGGCGUCGCGCGUUUUCCCCGCGCUCUCGCUCUUCGGCAUGCUCGUCGACCCCCUGAUCGCGCUCCCCCAGCUGCUUUCGUCCUUCGUCAUCGCCGCGACCUCCUACGGCCGCAUCUACUCGUUCCUCCUCGCCGCUGAGAAGUCGGGCAACAGCUCGAUCUCGGACGUGCUCGCCAUCUCGCGCGAGGCGAUCAGCGUCACGCACGGUGCGUUCGACUGGCCCUACUCGGAGAAGCCCGCGCCCAAGAAGGCGGAGAAGUCCGACACGGACUCGAUCGACGAGAAGGACGAGGACGUGCACCGCCCGACGCUGCAGGACAUCAACCUGAACAUCCGCCGCGGCUCGCUCACGGCCAUCGUCGGCUCCGUCGGCUCCGGCAAGACGUCGCUGCUCUCUGCUAUUCUCGGCGAGAUGAAGCGCGUGAACGGGGACCUCGCUGUGCACGGCUCGAUCGCGUACUGCGCGCAGCAGCCGUGGAUCCAGACGGCGUCGAUCCAGGAGAACAUUCUGUUCGGGAAGCCGCUGAACCCAUCGCAGCUGCAGACGGCGAUCACGACGACCGCGUUCGACUCGGACCUCGACACGUUCCCGGCGGGCAUGGCGACGCAGAUGGCGGAGAAGGGGAACAACCUUUCCGGUGGUCAGAAGGCGCGGCUGUCGCUCGCGCGCGCGGUGUACUCGGACUCGGAGAUCUACUUCUUCGACGAUGUGCUCGCUGCGCUCGACGCGCGUGUGGGCCGCAAUGUGUUCAACAAGUGCAUCAAGAAGGCGCUGCGCCACAAGACGCGCGUGCUCGUCACGCACCAGCUGCAGUACCUGAACCAGGUGGACCAUAUCAUCGUGAUGCACGAGGGGCACAUUGUCGAGCAGGGUACGUUUGAGGAGCUCGUGUGCAACAACGGCGAGCUGUCGCGGCUUCUUGCGGAGGUGCAGACGUUCGCGUCGGCGGACGAGCAGGUGAAGGAGGAGAUCAAGCGGCGCUCGGAGAACAAGGAGAACAAGGGCAAGGCGAAGGAGGAGGUCACGGAGCAGACGAUUGCGACGGAGACGCGCUCGAUGGGCGCUGUCACUACCAAGACGUGGUGGUCGUAUCUGCAGGCUAUCGGCGGUAUCCCCAUCGGCAUCGCGAUGCUGCUGCAGCUGCUUAUGCUCCAGGGUUCGGUUAUUGUGCUUAACCAGUGGCUGACGUGGUGGACCGAGGACAAGUUCGAGGAGAAGGCGGGUGUGUGGAUCGGGAUCUACAACGGUAUUGGGUUCACGUCUGUUGUUUUCCUCGUCAUCCUCAAUGUCUUCGUCCUCCUCUCCACCGUCCGCGCGUCCCGCACGUUCCACGCCAAGGCGCUCCAGGGUGUUCUCAAGGCGCCCAUGUGGUGGUUCGAGGGCCAGCCCAUCGGCCGCAUCAUGAACCGUUUCUCCAAGGACAUCGAGGCCAUCGACCAGCGUCUCAUGACGCAGAUCUUCCCGCUCGUCUCCGCCAUCGGCAACAUCCUCUCGACCACGAUCAUCCUCGGCUACUCGUCGCCCAUCAUGCUCGCCUUCCUCGCGCCCAUGUUCAUCCUCUACUGGUUCGUCCUGCGCUUCUACCGCGCCUCGCUCCGCGAGCUCAAGCGCCUCGAGUCGACCGGCCGCGGCCCGCUGCAGGCGCGCAUCAACGAGACGCUCGACGGUAUCCCGACGAUCCUCGCGUACCAGCGCGGACAGGACUUUGCGGACUCGGUCGGCGCGCUGCUCGAUCUGAGCAACAGGCCGACGUUCCUGCGCCUCCACGCUGAGAUCUGGGUUACGCUCCGUAUGGAGAUGGUGUCUUCGCUCGUUGUGUUCUCGCUCGCUAUGCUCGCGCACACUUCGGUUGUUGGCAACUCGACCCAGUUUGCGCUGUCGCUGACGUACUCGUCGACGCUGACGUAUCUCAUGAACUUGCUUCUCAAGUCUGCUGCUAACGUCGAGGCUGAGAUGAACUCUGUCGAGCGUCUCAUGAGCUACACCGAUGACCUCCCUGAGGAGCCCGCAUACCGCCUCGAGUCCGACCCCUCCCCCGAGGCCUGGCCUACGCGCGGCGAGAUCGUCGUCCGUGACGUCGACGCCGCCUACGCCUCGCGCCCCGACAAGCUGGUCCUCCGCAACGUCAACCUCAAGUUCAACGCCGGCGAGACCGUCUUCAUCGUUGGCCGCACCGGCUCCGGGAAGUCGACGCUCCUGUCGCUCCUUCUCCGCAUGAUUGACGCCAGCAACGGGUCGGUCGAGAUUGACGGUCGUGACAUUAACUCUCUCGGUGUUGCCACGCUCCGUCAGGGCAUGCAAGUCAUUCCUCAGGACCCCUUCGUCUUCUCCGGCACCAUCCGCUCCGCUCUCGACUUCCACAGCAAGCACGACGACUCCGCACUCUGGCACGCGCUCGAGCUCGUCGGCCUUAAGCAGUUCGUCGCUGGGCAGGACAACAAGCUCGACACCGCGGUCGAGGACAACGGCAACAACUACUCGGUCGGACAGCGCCAGCUGCUCUGCCUCGCCGCCGCGAUCCUCAAGGACCCCAAGAUCCUGCUGCUCGACGAGGCGACCGCGUCGAUCGACGCGGGCGCGGAUGUGUUCAUCCAGCAGGCGAUGCGGGCGUCGUGCCCGAACGCGACGAUCCUGUCCGUCAUGCACCGCCUGAGCGACCGUAUCCUCGAGGAGGCCGACAAGGUGCUCGUCAUGGAGCAGGGCUUCCCGAUCGAGUACGCGUCGCCCAAGGCGCUGCUCGCUGACCCCCAGUCGAUGUUCUCGAAGUUGAUGGCUGCGACGCGCAACAGCUCGUAA